UCAGAGAUGCUAUGUCAGUAGUGUGUCACGUGGCCACAAGCUCUCUGUCUCGCGCCACCGUCUGAGCCUCCUCCCUCAUCUUCUCAACAAGCAACGGCAGCACACUAGAUCAGUUUGGAUCAGCAAUCAUGCGGCCGCGCGGAGAAUACGCCCAUCCUCGCGCCUCCCUCCCUGAACGAGGUCCUUAAAUGACCCACGACGACUAAGGAGCUCGUGCUUUCCCUGUCCGGAUCAUGGCAUGCGCCCCAUCCCGGACUUCCACACGCGCGGCGCCGAGGCUCGAGAGCAGUGAACAUGGGGAUCAGGUCCAGAAAUGCCACUAACAGCGCCGAGGACUCGCGCGAGCGGAAGAGCGCGCUGGCCGGAGACUUGGAACAGUGCGCGGGGCAGGAACGGGACGGCGCGCUGCUUCUCGUCGGUUCGGGCAGGGAACCGGACUUCAAACGGGGCUCGCAGAACAUCGGUCUGCUCGCCAAGACGCCCCUGGGCUACACGCGCCCCGUGAAGAGGAAUAAUAUCAGGAAGCGACGGAUCCAGAACCUCAUCUACGACGCGCUCGAGAGACCACGAGGAUGGGCGCUGCUUUACCACGCGUUUGUGUUUCUGAUUGUUUUGGGAUGUCUGAUUCUGUCGAUUUUAACAACAUUCAAAGAGCACGAGAAAGAUUCUGCUCACUGGCUGGUGAUUCUGGAGACAUUUACAAUCUUUAUUUUUGGGGGUGAGUUUGCAUUGAGGAUAUGGGCUGCCGGCUGCUGCUGUCGAUAUAAGGGCUGGAGAGGACGGCUCAAAUUCGCCCGCAAACCACUGUGUGUCCUGGAUAUCUUUGUGCUGAUCGCUUCGGUGCCGGUGGUUGCCGUACGUAACCAGGGAAAUGUGUUGGCCACGUCGCUGCGCAGUCUGCGCUUCCUGCAGAUCCUUCGGAUGUUACGAAUGGACCGCCGUGGAGGCACCUGGAAACUGCUGGGAUCUGCAAUAUACACACACAGCAAGGAGCUAAUCACAGCGUGGUACAUCGGCUUCCUGUCAUUGAUCCUGGCUUCCUUCCUGGUGUACCUGGUUGAGAAGGAUGACGUCACCGCGGAGCUAAUAGACACUGAUGGAGCCUCCCCAACACCAGCCCCACAGGACUUUGACACCUAUGCAGAUGCCCUCUGGUGGGGACUGAUCACCUUGACAACCAUUGGAUAUGGCGACAAGACCCCAAAGACGUGGGCAGGUCGUCUUUUGGCUGGGACCUUCGCUCUUAUUGGUGUGUCGUUCUUUGCUCUUCCAGCCGGUAUUCUUGGUUCUGGUCUGGCUCUGAAAGUUCAGGAACAGCACAGGCAGAAACACUUUGAGAAACGCAGACAUCCUGCAGCUUCACUAAUACAGGCUGCAUGGAGAUACUACUCCACCAACCCCGUCAGAGACGAUCUCAUUGCCACAUGGAGAUUCUAUGAGACUGUGAUCUCUCUGCCAUGCUUCAGGAAGGACCCUCUUGAGGUCAUGGCUAGUCAGAAAUUGAGUUUGUUGGAACGCGUGCGGCUGUCGACUCCGAGACCAUCGACGGUAAGGGCCCGUGUGAUGAUGCCUGCUGCGAAUCCUGAAAGUGUGUCGGGGAACUGUGGCCCGGCGGAGGCGAUUGAGGAGAGUCCUUCAAAAGAGGGCAAACCAGCAGGGUUCAGUAACAGAGAGAGAUUCAGAACUGCUUUCAGAAUGAAGGCCUACGCCCUGAGACAGAGCUCAGAGGAUACAGGUGGUCUUCCUGACCCCACCCCUGAGGAGAAGGGCUUCCCACCUGACAUACUGUUGGAGGAGAUGAUUCCAACUCUCAAAUUAGUGAUAAGAGCACUGCGGAUCAUAAUGUUCCUGUUGAGUAAAAAGCGUUUUAAGGAGACUCUGAGGCCGUAUGAUGUAAAGGACGUGAUUGAGCAGUAUUCUGCAGGACAUCUGGACAUGCUUACCAGAAUCAAAUAUCUACAGACACGAAUAGAUCUGAUUCUGACACCUGGACCGCCUCUUACUCCAAAACACAAGAAACCCCUGAAAGCACCAUUCCCGUACCCCUCUCAGCAGUCACCUAGACAUGAGUCAUAUCUUGCCAAAGCAAGCCUGCCAGAUCCUGAAGACCAAAGCAUGAUGGGAAGAUUUGUGCGAGUUGAGAGACAGGUGGAAGACAUGGAGAAGAAACUGGAUUUCCUGGUGGAUAUGCAUAUGCAACAUGAUUUCUCGGGCCCCGGCCACAUGACCAUGGAGCGCUGCGACCCCACGUUGACCGUCAGCGUCGCAGGCGACCGCGUGUACUGCAGCUACGGCCCGCCGCUGCACAAUACACCGUAUUACACGCACUCCAACGCGCACCCACCGAGACCAACCGUCCUGCCCAUCAGCCCACUGCCAAGCCACUCCCCGUCCUCCAAUGUCAGCCAAUCGGGAGGCCACAGGGUGGGCACACCGCUGUCGCUGUUGUCGGUCACUCACGAGGAGCUGGAACGUUCGCCCAGCGGAUUCAGCAUCUCCGCCGAAAGAGAGGAGGUCACGGGCAAGGCCUCGGGGUUAACGACGGGGUCGAGCUGGGGCCGCGACCGCCGAUAUUUAGCGGAGGGCGAGACGGAUACGGACACUGAUCCCUUUACCCCCAGCGGACCUGUUCCACUCUCGUCCACCGGAGACGGGUUCCACUCCGAUGGAGCGUGGGGAACACCACCCUAAAGACACACACACACACUCUUUAUAAAGACUACAGACUUUGUACAGCACAAAAUGUCACAUAAAGACACAGACAUAAUACUCGUCAUAUCUAAAUAUGUAUCCACUUCACGCUUUACCCCUGCAAAGUAGGGCUGCACGAUAUAUUGAAAUAAAAUCGAUAUCGCAAUAUGGCUUAGUGUGAUUGUCAAAUCGCACACACUGCGAUUUAAUUAAAUAAAUAAAUGUGCUACCGGCUCUGGAGUGGCACUGCUCAUCCACACGCGUGCAGCCCAUCAUACAGUGCUUCAAGGGACCACGAGCUGCCUGUGUGCAAAUCGCAGAGAUUCACUCUGAAACUGGCAGCGCAUACAUCUGUUUGCCAGCAGCCCAUCAAAAAUAAACACUUAAUGGUUUACAUUUAAAAAUAAAGAAAUCAAGACAUAAAUAUUAGUAUUGUAAUUUUACAUUUACAAAAAAAAGUCGCCAAAGUAUCAAAAUUGACAAAUCGUAUUUUUUUUUAUGGAAUAUUGCAGUAUUUAUUAUAAAUGAUUUAUCUGUGCACAUCAUUAUUUUUCAUGUGACUCAUAAUCUUAAGUCAAAAUUUUUUGCAGUGACAUCUAUUCUCUGAUGAUGUGUUUACUGGCCUGAGGGUGGGGCAACCUGUCACUCACAUGACAUCACAGCAAUAGCAAACCACAACCAUCCAAUUAAUUACCAAGACAAGAUCAUGUCCCACCCUACAUUUUUUCUUGUUUGAGAAGCUGUUUCACUCUGAUAUACAUCAUAAUAGGGAAGAAAAGUCUAUCGUAUUUUCCGUUUCAUGCCGACUUUAAUUUUACAGUUACAAAAAAAAAAUAUUUUUAUUAAAUAGUCAAUUUCUUCUUUUACAGUACAAUUACAAUUUUAAAAUAUAUUUAUUUUUUGUUUCAUAUAUUAUAUAAUAUAUAAUUAUAUAAUCGCAACAAAAAUCAUUAUUAUUAUUAUUUUAUACUGAAUUAUAUUGGUCAAAACAGUUGGAAUGUGCCCUAUGCAAACACAAGCGGAAAUAUAUAUUUUUUUAACCUCACUCACUGAAAGCGGUUUGUGUUAGUUCUUAAACCAAAGUGUGAACACCCAAAGUUUAAAAAAUUGAUGGUUCGCACUCAAAAAGAAGCAAAAAAUCAUUUUCCAACUUUUUAAACAUUUAUUUUGCACUCCGCAACAAAAUCACCCCACACAUUCUAGAAUUAUUAAUUAUUUCCAAAAAUGGCUAUUAAAGUCAUUUGAUGAACAUUCCUGUAUUUCUGCAACAUAUAGCAGAAAAAGUACAUUUCGCAAUGUCAGUUUUUUCCAGUAUCGUGCAGCCCUACUGCAAAGCAAAGAGCACUGCAUGGAAUGCAUGCGUUUUAUCUCUAGUGGUAGACACUGCACUUGGCAGAUUGAGACUGUGUGGUUGUAUUUGACUGGGAACUUUAAGGGAGGAGAACACAACAGAUGCUAUGCCAUUUUUGUAAACAUUUAUUUUUCUAUUUACACAUCUUUUCAUAUGCAUGGACUGCAUGAUUCAUCCACGGAGCAGCUAAAUGUAUCGACGUCUCCUCCGGUUUGCACUUGCUUUCAUUUUGAAUACUUCGGUUUGAGGAGAGAUCGCGCAAGCUUCUUUCUCUGCACAUCUUGAGCUCGUUUUUAGUUCUCUUUGCAGAUUGUACAAACCUUUUUACUCUGGUCAGCAUGAACUGCACUCUGGGAUAUUGCAUAUUUUCUGCAGAAUGAACGUCGCCACUAGCUGUUUAAGGACCAAAAGCAGAGCCUCAGUUUGGAAUUCCUCAAGUGUCUGGCCUUAAUCCAACCAAUGAGCACAUCCCAUCUGUGAGCGGCGAAUAAUACUGCCAGCUCAAAGAAUUUUCGACACCGUACCACAGGACCAACGUUCCCAUGGUAACCACAGCUUUCUUACAGUAAACCAAUAUCCAUCACACAAGUCAUUCCAGGGAAAGGCAGGGCUUGUUGUCGCUCAGUUGACUGUGGGAACUUAGCAAACUUUACCUUUAGACAGUAGAAGUAUUUUUCAACACAGAUCAGAUCAUCUCAAAUUACAGUAAUUAAAGGUAGGGUAGGCAAUUUUUUUGGUUGAAAAUUUCUUCAAAUCCUGAUAGCAAUCAAUAAUGAAAAAUUGUACAAAUAUCAUCUGUGGAAGUCUCAAAUGACCAAAAAAUUAAAUUAGAAAAAUGUCAUUUGUAAAAAUUUGAGUUGUAGACAGACAGUCGCUGAGCGCCACAAACAAACAGCAGCUGCCCUUUACAGUUCCUCCUGAACCAAAACAAUGAGCGGCGACCCAUGACCCGUUUUACUCUGAGCUGUUCACGUCCUCAGACUAAGAUUUAUGUGUUUCUAUGUCGACACUAUUAACGGCAAGAUGAAUCUGCAGCAGUUUACGUUCAUUAUUAUUGUAAUGUUAUGUGCUUUGAGACAGGUAAUUUAACGGCAUCUCUUAUGACACUUUGCUGAAUCUGCUCUGGCUGUGCGCGACCUGCGCGUUCAUGUGUUUUGGAUGAGGCGUGGCUUUGGAGAUGCUCUGAAGGGAGGGUGGGAUCUAAUGCUUUCAAAGCUAGCCACUCUGAAAUUGCCUACCGUACCUUUAAUAGUCACACUUACUGAAUGUUUGACUCCAAAACAAAUACUUAGGUCUUCCAAAAUGUUUCAUGUUGAACAGAUCCUGCGUAAAUUCACUGUUCAAAUGUUUUUCUUGUAAAGUAAAUUUUUUAUGGUUUUAGUUUUAACUAUAGCAACCCUGCCCCAGGUUAUGGGUUAUGCAUAUCUACUUCCCUUUAAUAACUAAUUAUUUUUAAUAUGUUUAUUUUACAAUUGACAGUGUCUAAAUUUCAUAUCACUCCAGUAUAUCUAGAUUCAGAUCGAUUGAAAGCAGAUUAAUCUGAGGUUCAGGUCGUUUGUCAAGUCCAGUGUGAAUUAAGCGUAGAGUCGAACAGCUGGUUGUGUUGUUCCAGUCAGUGUUGUCAUAAAUUCUGUCGGCAUCGUCUGGAAUAGUUUUAUUCACCAUCUCAUUCACCUGAACAAGUAAUUCUGACUCAAGGGACUUGAUGCUCAGUAAAUCUCCUUGAAUUGCACAAAUAAUUCAACACAUGCAUUUAGGGUUUGAGAUAUAAUUAGUACAUAAAUAUAAGUAACAGCUGUAAAUCUGUAACAAUCAAGACUAUGAAUUCAGAGAACAAAAGCCAUAAUAUGGAAAUUAACAAUUACUCUUAAUGCUAUUUUCAUUUAUCUACUGUUUAUGGGCUUUUCUCUUUGUUCUUUAUCUUCUUAAUCCUUUCCUUCUCUGUGUUUUUCUGCCUGCUAAAAGCCUGGGGUUAUGAUGAGGUCAAGGCAGUAAUAUGAGAUUUAGUAUGAUGUUUGAUGCUUAAAGGGAUAGUUCAUCUAAUGAAACUGACUUUCUUUCUUCUGUGGAUAAAAAAGAAGAUAUUUUGUCCAAAGAAGAAUGUUUUUGUCCAUAUAAUAUGGAGCCCCAUAUAUGACAUGAGAGGGAAAAAAUAUGUAUAUAGUGGUCAUGAAUUAAUGAUUCUUUACUGCGACUUUACGACCUCAAUACUUCAGCACGUUUUACUAAUUUGUUCCCUCAUUUUAAGUAAAUCGUGCACACAAUAUAAUGUUCUUGUGUUGUAUAUAAUUCUCCUUGUUUUACUAAAACAUGCCUAUGUUGUAAUAAUUUGUUCCCUUGUUUUAGGUAAAUUGAAACAAGGGAACAAAUUAAGUCAUGGGAACUAAUUCUUAAUUUAAAGGGUUAGUUCACCCAAAAAUAAGAAAAUAACGUAAUUUAUUACUCAC